GUGUGACUGAAUUCUUAUCUCGUGAUGCGAAACUUCCUGUUUCAGCAAGAUGCCGUCGGUGGGAAUGUUUAGUUCCAGAAUCUGUGCAAAGAUGUUCUGUAAACUAUGUCUGCGAUGACUCACUCAUCAUGCAUCUAGCUAAAACUCCAAAUUUAAGGUGACUUUUUUUGGGAAAGUUUCCUUGCUCAGAAAGGAUGGAUACUCAAUCUGUGCCUCACCUCAGCCCAGAGUACUUUUCCUGGGACUACCGCCUUCAGCUCAUCGCUCUAGGAUUUGGUUUCUACACAUCAGUAUUCCUCCUCUCUCACCUCCUGUCUCUACUCCUGAGCCAAACCUACAACUCCCUGCUCUCCAAGGAGAAAGUUUUUUGGAACCUGGCUGCAACCCGGGCGGCUUUCGGCAUCCAGAGCUCUGUAGCGGGACUUCGAGCUCUGACUGAGGACUCCGAUUUGAGCCGAGACAAAGUCAGGGGCCAGGAGGACUGGUCGUGGUUUCACCUCCUCACAGCCACAGGCUUUUUUUUCUUUGAGAAUGUGGCGCUUCAUACAUCCAGUGUGGUAUUUGGCUCAUUCGACAUACCACUGGCGACACACCACUUCUUUGCCCUGGCAGGGUUUGCUGGGGCCGUAGUGUGGGAUUCCCAGGGCCACUUUCUGGCUAUGGUCACACUCUUGCUGGAGAUGAGUACACCUUUUACCUGUAUUUCCUGGAUGUUACUGAAGGCUGGAUGGGCACGCACCUUAUUCUGGAGAGCCAACCAGUGGGUGAUGAUCCACAUGUUCCACUGUCGUAUGGUGCUCACCUAUUACAUGUGGUGGAUUGCGGUGACCCACUGGUCGGAGCUCAGCACCUACGUGGCGCUGUCGCAGCGCCUGCUGUUCUUCUCUGGUCUGGCUCUGCUCACUCUUAUCAUCAACCCCAUCUGGACGCAUAAGAAGACCAUGCAGCUGCUGAACCCUGUGGACUGGAACUUUGACAACAAGCCGGUGCCAGAAAAGGGCAAAGAAGACAGUCGGGCUGAGGCUGUUUCCAAGCCAAAAUCAAAUUAAAACACACCAAAAACACAUUUUUUUUCUUUUUUCCUUUGCUUUACUUUUAUGACUUUGUUCAUAUUUUCCUAAAGUAGACAUUUGGAAUUGGAAUUUGAAGGAAGCUUAUUACCUGAUGUUUAUGGGAAAAUCUAUGUCUAUGUAAUCUAUGUCUUUUAUAAUUUCACAUCUUACUGACCAUCUAACUUUUUAUCAGGAGGGUGUGUUCUGUGUGAGUGGUUGACCUAUUAGAAAGCUGAGUUGUAGCCCCACAACACAUCUUAAAGUCCUGGUUAACAAAACAAAACAACUUUAAAUCUCUUCGCAGCAGAAAAGGACCCACUUGUCAUUGUAGCAGCAGAGCACGCUGUGGUCUAACAGGGUUUUUGGGUGGGAGAAAGCUCAGGAAUGAGACGUGAACAAAGGGCUUAUUGUCUGGAACAGCGAUGGGAUGUGAUGACACUAAAGCUCACUUGAUACAGAACAGCAAAAGUGCCUUUUAACAGUAACCUAGUUUAGGAUCAAUUUAACUUUUUUCUUUUUUUAACUCUUCAGGUGAUGUUAUUUUCUCAUUAAUUUUCCAAAUCCAGUCGUCAUGACAGCAGAAUUCAAAACCUUUUCAUUUUGUUGUUAUGUUUUCAGUUCAAUAUUAAGCCUAAUUGUGUUACAGAUUUGACUGUUUAAAAAACUUUCAUGUUUCAGAGUAUUUUGUGCACCAAAGGUGGUUAUUUGUGGAUGCACCUUGUUUGCAUUAGGAGCAUUCAUUAUGGUAUUAAAAAUCUGUUUACUUUAACAGUUAAUAAAAAGUUGGGAGACUUCUA